AUGGCCGCCCCUCCAACUCGCAAAUUUCCGAAGGAUUUCCUAUGGGGGUUCGCCACAGCCUCCUUUCAGAUUGAGGGCGCCGCCGACGUGGAUGGACGUGGAAAGUCGAUAUGGGAUGACUUUGCAAAGACGCCGGGGAAGACGUUGGACGGGAAGGAUGGGGACGUCGCGACGGACUCGUACCGGCUGUGGAAAGAGGAUGUGGCCCUGCUGAAGGAAUACGGUGUGAAGUCAUACCGGUUCUCCCUUUCGUGGUCGCGGAUUAUCCCGCUCGGCGGACGCGACGACCCCGUCAACCCCCAAGGAAUCGAAUUCUACAGCAAUCUCAUCGAUGCACUCCUCGCCAACGGUAUCACACCCUUCGUGACCCUGUAUCACUGGGACCUACCCCAAGCCCUCCACGACCGAUACGGCGGCUGGUUGAACAAGGACGAGAUCGUGAAGGACUACACAAACUAUGCACGAGUCUGUUUCGAAUCCUUCGGCGAUCGUGUUCAGUACUGGUUGACAAUUAACGAGCCGUGGUGCGUUGCGAUUUUAGGGUACGGGCGCGGCGUUUUUGCUCCCGGACGCUCGAGCGACCGAGAGCGCUCGCCGGAGGGAGAUUCAUCAACUGAACCUUGGAUCGUCGGGCAUAAUGUCAUCCUCUCACAUGCUCACGCCGUCAAACUAUACCGCGAGCAGUACAAGCCUACACAGAAGGGGCAAAUCGGUAUUACACUCAACGGCGACUGGGCAAUGCCUUACGACGACGACCAAGAGAACAUUGACGCCGCACAGCACGCGCUCGACUUCGCAAUCGGCUGGUACGGGGAUGCCGUUCACUUGGGCUUCUACCCGCCCUACAUGCGCGAAGUCCUGGGGAACAGGAUGCCUGACUUCAGCCCUGACGAAUGGGCGAUCGUCAAAGGGUCCUCGGACUUUUAUGGCAUGAACACUUAUACGACGAACCUGUGCAGAGCUGGCGGCGACGAUGAAUUCCAAGGGAACGUCGACUACACCUUCACGCGUCCCGAUGGCACGCAGCUCGGUACACAAGCACACUGCGCUUGGCUCCAGGAUUAUCCUGAUGGGUUCCGCAGCCUGUUGAACUACUUGUGGAAGCGAUACAAGCUUCCUAUCUUUGUCACGGAGAACGGUUUCGCCGUCAAGGGCGAGAACGACAUGCCCAUCGAGGAGGCCCUCAAGGAUAACGACCGCGUUCACUACUUCCAAGGAACGACCGCUGCCCUCUUGACAGCGAUCCACGAAGAUGGCGUCGACAUCCGAUCAUAUUUCCCUUGGAGUUUCCUCGACAAUUUCGAGUGGGCCGACGGCUACCUCACCCGCUUCGGUGUCACGUACGUUGAUUACGAGACCCAAAAACGCUACCCCAAGGACUCGGCAAAAUUUUUGCUGAAGUUCUUCAAGGAGCACGAUAGCUCCAGAACCGAUACACCGAAGAGCGACUCCGCGCCCGCUGCAGCGAAGAUCGUCGACCAGGCGAACUUGAGCGAGGUCAGCAGCACGUCCACCGUUAAGACCGACACGCCCCCCUCCCCUGCGGCGAAGCCCAAGGAGCCUAAGUCUGUCAAGACACGCGGCUUCAAGGCACGCAUUUCGCGAUACCUCUCAUCUAUCGUUGCGCUCGUCAAAGCGUAA